AUGGCCGUAACCCCCACCGCCCGCCUCCGUUCCUCCCCCAGAAACAAGCACGCGCCGCCACCGCAAGCCAACGGCCAUCUCCACGGCGGCGCCGAGGAUCAAUCGAUGAGGAAGAGGCCGUCGGCGGCCCCGUUCUCCGCCGGUAACCCGCAUUUCCUGGGAUGGACGGCGGGGGACGCGCUCUGCCUGCCGCGCCGCCACCCCGUGCCCUGCGCCUUCGCCGCCUGCGUCCUGUUCUUCAUGGCGGUCGAGUACACGCUCGCCAUGGUCCCGCCGGUGGCCCCGCCGUUCGAUCUGGGAUUCGCCGCCACCGCCGCCCUCCACCGGAUGCUCGCCGCCAGGCCCGCGGUCAACACGAUCCUCGCCGGCCUCAACACGGUUUUUGUGGCGAUGCAAACGGCGUAUAUCCUGUGGACAUGGAUAGUCGAGGGGCGGCCGAGAGCAACAAUCUCGGCACUAUUCAUGUUCACGUGCAGGGGAAUCCUUGGAUAUGCUACACAGCUGCCAUUACCUCAGGAAUUCUUGGGCUCGGGUGCAGAUUUUCCGGUUGGUAAUGUCUCGUUUUUCCUGUUCUACUCGGGUCAUGUGGCUGCUUCAGUUAUUGCGUCAUUAGACAUGAAACGAAUGCAAAGAUGGGAGUUAGCUUUCGCAUUCGACUUCUUGAAUGUUUUGCAAGUUGUGAGGUUACUAACCACAAGAGGUCACUACACAAUCGACCUGGCAGUUGGUGUUGGGGCCGGUAUGCUGUUCGAUUCCCUAGCUGGAAAGUAUGUGAACAGUAGGAAAAUCGAAGGCACGUCGUCUAUUAGUGCCACAAAUGGGACCUAUCUUUAA